AUGCACGGGCUCGGGUGUGAGGUGCUAGAUGUUGCUGUCGCCCAGAGUAGCACAGGAGUUUGUCAGCGGAAUGGUGACCCUGCUGAUGCUGUUUUCUCACCGGUGACCUGUCGGUGGUUGACGACAAACAAGCAUGGAUUCGGAUGCCGUGUCCUCUCUCAUUCGCGUAUCACGAAUCACUUCUUACCUUGGAGCAAGCAGGCGAAAGGACCUGGUAGUCUGCACUUGACGUAA